GUCUUGAUCCACAAUGACGCCGAAGAGAGGGCUAUUCGUCAGCAGAAAUAGAAGCAAGGGAUCCCCUUUCCCUCUUCUGGUUUUCAUUUUUCUUUGUCUUCUUGCGCCCUUGAUUUUCUUUGCCAGAGUGCUUUUUACUGCGGGUCAAAAUGGCAUUUCAAAUGUUCCGAGCAAACAGGCUUCCAAAUGGAGAGAAUGGCAGGCGUUGCAUGACCUCAGAUCACUUUUUUCAAAAGAGGUUCUUGACAUAAUUGAUGCCAGCACAAAUGAUACGGGGCCAUUAAAUCUUAAUAACUAUAGAAAAAGCAAUUUUUCUGCUUCCUGGAGAGUUGUUGAGUUGGAGAAUUCAAAUACGGCAUUUCAGCCAACACUGCAUAGUAGACAAGGAAACCUGAAGGUUGAGCAGGGAACUGAUAGUCCUGCACAGCAAGCACGAAGGCAAUUGAUUGAUAAAAGGCGUGGAAAGCGUGCUGCUGAGCUGGUUAAACAGGAUAAUGAAGUACUUGUAAAACUUGAAAAUGCAGCUAUUGAACGCUCUAACUCAGUUGAUUCAGCAGUUCUGGGUAAAUAUAGCAUUUGGAGGAAAGAAAUGGAUAAUGAAAAUUCUGACUCUACUGUACGGUUGAUGCGGGACCAGAUGAUUAUGGCUAAGGUGUACUUAAGCAUUGCAAAGAUGAAAAACAAUCAGGAACUAUAUCGAAAAUUGCAGUCUGAACUUAAAGAUAGUCAUCAUGCUUUGGGCGAGGCAGCAUCUGAUGCUGACCUGCAUCGCAGCGUGCAUGAAAAAAUUAGGGCUAUGGGCCAACUACUAUCAAAAGCAAAAGGGCAUUUGUAUGACUGCAAGUUGAUCACUGGAAAAUUGAGGGCAAUGCUAGUAACCGCUGAUGAGCAAGUUAGGAGCUUGAAGAAACAGAGCACUUUCCUCAGUCAGUUGGCCGCCAAGACCAUUCCUAAUGGAAUUCAUUGCUUAUCCUUGCAGCUUUCCAUAGAUUACUACCUCCUUCCUCCAGAAAAGAGAAAUUUUCCUAAAAGCGAGAAUUUGGAAAAUCCAAAUCUCUAUCAUUAUGCUCUUUUCUCUGACAAUGUGUUGGCUGCAUCUGUUGUUGUUAACUCAACCAUUAAGAAUGCCAAGGAUCCUUCAAAGCACGUUUUCCACCUUGUUACUGAUAGGCUGAACUACGCAGCCAUGAACAUGUGGUUUCUGUUAAACCCUCCUGGCAAAGCUACGAUACAUGUUGAAAAUGUUGAUCGAUUUCAGUGGCUAAAUUCAUCCUACUGCCCUGUAUUGCGGCAACUUGAAUCUGCUAGCAUGAAAGAGUAUUAUUUCAAGGCAGGCCAUCCUAAUACACUUUCUUCUAGUUCUUCUAAUCUGAAGUAUAGGAACCCAAAAUACCUCUCCAUGCUCAACCAUCUAAGAUUCUAUCUCACUCAAGUGUAUCCAAAAUUGGAUAAGAUCCUUUUUCUUGACGAUGACAUUGUUGUUCAGAAGGAUUUGACUGGGUUGUGGGAUGUGGAUCUUAAUGGGAAAGUGAAUGGUGCAGUUGAAACAUGUGGUCAGAGCUUUCACCGAUUUGACAAGUAUCUGAACUUUACUAAUCCGCAUAUUGCCAGAAAUUUUGAUCCAAAUGCUUGCGGUUGGGCAUAUGGGAUGAAUAUUUUUGAUCUAAAGGAGUGGAAGAGAAAAGACAUCACUGGCAUUUAUCACAAGUGGCAGAAUAUGAAUGAAGAUAGGUCGCUUUGGAAGCUGGGGACUUUACCUCCUGGCCUAAUAACAUUUUAUGGGCUGAUACAUCCCCUACAUAAAUCAUGGCAUGUACUUGGUUUGGGUUACAAUCCAAGUGUAGAUCGAUCAGAGAUUGAGAAUGCUGCGGUCAUUCACUAUAAUGGUAAUAUGAAGCCAUGGUUAGAGAUUGCCAUGACCAAGUAUCGCUCUUACUGGACCAAAUAUGUCAAGUACGAUCAUCCUUAUCUGCAAAACUGCGAGGUGAGUGAAUGACCCUGCUAAGAAGUCUACAGAAACUACUCUUUUAACAGCCCUAGGGUGGCUUAUAUCAAUGUCAACUGAAAAAGCCCUGCCAGAAUGAUCAAGUGUCUUGGAAGGGACAGGAUCUAUCCCAUCUUCUGUAUUUGCACCAAAUCAUUUCUUUUCCACAUCAUUGAUUUUUGUUUCCUAUUCAUUUGAUUUGUUCAAACCUAUCCCCGCUACAUUUGAACUAGGUAAAUAAUUAGUAUACCUUGUUGACUAUAAAAUCCUUGUCUUGUACAAUACCCUGAAGCUAAGGACAGGAGUAGAAAUCGAGUGUAUUGUCUGCAUUCUUUUAAUAUAGCUUGCUUGAAUACCUGAA